AAAAACCGACAUGAAACAAUUUUUUUGACAUUAUAAUCGAUGAUUAAAAUCCAACUAUAUGUUUCACCAAAAAAAAAAAAAUCCACUAUAUGUCAAACACAUAUCCACCAUAAUAACUACAAAUUUGAACUGAAAAAAAGUAUAGCAGAAACUCUGCAAGAAGCCUCCAAGCAAUGGCUUCAAAUCCCUCAUCAAAGUCCUUCUUUAUUCCUCUUCCAACACUGCAUGUAUCCACUAAUUUCCCAUAGAGCCGGAUCAACUUGGGUGUCAGAAAGCUCGGUACUCAUUUCUCCAUAGCUUGUUUCUCUGCAUAGCACUUUCUUUCCAUUCUCAAAUCGGCAUUCACAUCGAAAAUGGAAAGGGGAAAGAAGCGGAGUUAUAACGUGAUGGAUGAUGAACCUGUUACAUAUGAAUUUUCCGAGAUCGAGAUUCAAAAUCUCAAAAUUGCUGCCAAAAAAAGACCUACGUUUCGUGGUGUCGAGAACUUAGAUGACAACACUAAAGUUUCUGCGCUGAAGGCCGUAUCUUUUGUCGUUUCCCUUGUCUCAUUUUCUGGUGCCUCUGUAUUGAGUCAAAAUUGCGGAGCAAUUAUUGAAAGAGACAAUAAUACCAAUAUUGUAAUCACAUCACUCAAUUUAGCACGGGCUUGUGAUGAAACCGAUUCUGAUGAAACCGACUUUCGUAAAAACAAUUUGGCAGAUGAUUUAAAGGUGGUUGUUUAUGCUAGUGAUGGUAGUUGGUAUCUGGGAGAAAUAAUUUUUUACGAUUUUUUCUACAAUUUGGCUGUUGUCAAGUUUUGUUCUAAAAGCUUUUUUGAGCCGGCAAAGUUAUCCAUGAUUGAUGACGCUAGUGUUUCGGAAACUGAUUUUAUUCGUCAUCAUUCAAGCAAAUUAAAACAUGGUGAUAACGUAAUUGUAGUUGGUCGUUAUUUUCAAGGGGCAAAUGAAUAUAUGGCCGCUCCGGGUGUGUUAAGUUUGAACCGGUUUAGGCCCGAUGAAUAUGAUUGUAACGAGCUUUUUACGAUAAGUUCUCGUUUUACUCGGUGUGGGGAUGGAGCUUCCGUUAUAAGCACCUCAGGAGAAUUGAUUGGAAUUACUUUCUUUGACAUGAGUACUUCAUCACCUCUUCUGCCCAUCAACCUUAUCAGUAGGAUGUGGGAGCAUUUCAAAGAACAUGGGGAAAUGCGCCACCCCUCUUAUGGUUUUGAUGCUAAGAAUGUUCGCUUUGCCCUACUGCCUACGCUUGAGAGGUUUCGGAGAUUAUUUCCAAAUGUUCCAAAUGGUCUUAUAGUUGAAAAGGUAUUCGAAGAUUAUAAUGCCGAGUCGGCGGGGCUGCAAGUUGGUGAUGUAAUCUUUGCUUGUGAUGGAAUUGAAAUAAAAAGUUUCUUACAGUUGUGGGAGCUUAUGUUUGCAAAAGUUGGAAAAGAAGUCGAGCUUGAAGUGGCUCGUGUGGAUCUUAAAGUUAUCAAGAAUAUUCGUUUGCUAAUAGGUGAAGCCUCAAAUGAUGAAGAGAUUUAUCGGUGGCCGAAAUAUGACUACCGUUGAAGUUGUCAAGGUUGUGAAAGAUGUGAAGUUGGAGGAGUAAUUUAUCUAUUGGGACUUUGUUGUAAUGUUACAUGAUUUAAGUACUUUAACUUAAAGCUAUAUUGCUGCCAAAAAAACCUUUAACAUGCUUGGCCGUAACACUAAUGUUAUGUAUCCACUAUUAGGGUAUUUUGAAUCCUAAUUUCAGAUGAUAUUUUUGUCUAUACGGAAAACCCAUCUGGGUUUACUUGACUUGUAUUAAA